CGUCUUUCUCCUUUCCUUUUUCUCCCCACCCAAACCCCAACAGCAUCAGACUCGCUCUCUCUGUGAAUUCUAAACAAUGGAGCCUGCUCAGAUCGACUGGAAGCGAAUCGAUUCUCGUUUUGUAGAAGACGUCUUCUACGAACACCUCCGAGCUCCCAAAUGGUUCGACUUCUUGGCUCCGAAUCACUUAGACACCAUCGACGACGACGCUUGGUUCUGCAAACCUGAUUGUAAUCAUCCCAAGAGACCUGAGGAUUUCUUCCAAACGCCUACUUCUUCCAAGCAUCCAAGCCUGAGGAAUACGAAUCAGACACCAGGAUCUAGUACAGAGCAGAAGCAGAGGAGGAGGGGACAUGAAGACAGUGAAAACCAGAAUCCAAACUUAUCCACGCCUCCAAGAUCAUGGCGAGCAGCACUCAAGUCAUCCUCCGCCAAGAAGAUGAGUAAAGAGACACCGAAGCUAAAGAGCACGCAGUCAGCUAGGAAUCUGUUCUCAGGGAGAGAUAUAUUUGGGCAUAUCUCAGAGUUCUGCUACGAGUUGAAGAGAUUGGCCACAAGGGUAACCGAGAGAGAAGAUACUACUGGGAAGAUUGAAGUGAAGGAGACUCAUCAUCAUCAGCCUUACUCUGUUCACGAGUUGGAGUUGAAGAAGGAGAGAAAGCCAUUGCUGGAAGUGAGCAAAGAGAAGGUCCAUGAAUCCACAAACACAUUUAAGGAGAACCGUAGAAGAAAGAAGAGAGUGGAUGAUGCGGAGAAUAUUCCUGUCUGUCUUAAUGGGGAGACUGUAGCAAAGAUGAAAGGAGAGGAGUGUAGAAGAAUUAAGAGAGUGGAUGAUGCAGAGAACAUCCUUACACCUUUAAAGCUUGGGAAUGUAAAGAACAAAAGACAUGAGCGGUUACUGCAGCAAAUAAGAACAAACCCACCAUCUCCUCAGUGCUUCUCAGAGAACCGGACAACUUCUUUGAAGGCCUUGGGGACCACCAAACCUACGGAAAAGGGAAUGGUUGAAGAAGUGGUGAAGAGAAAGGAGGAAGAAGAGCAGCAGAGCAGAGACAGUAACAACAAAGAAGGGAGAGGCUUGGACGUUCUCUGGUUCUUAAAGCCUUGCUCUAUGGCCAACUAAUUUUUCAUUUUUCUUUUAAACUUCCACCAAGUUCAUUCUUCUUCUAUAUUUGAUUCCUUUUUUGUUUUUUUUGUUUUUAAGUUCAUUUCAGAUGAUCAUGCUCAGAUUCAAAGAAACAUGUAAUAUUCUGAGCAAUUUGUAUUCAUCGAUCUUACCUUUACAUAUACAAUAAA